AUGUCGACAUCUAACUGGAUAGUGUUAAGUAUAGUAAAUUCACUGGAUGAUGUUAUAGCUGUUGCUAAAUCACAUGGUGUUUGUCAGUAUCGAACAAAUGAUCUUAAGGAUCAUACAAAAUAUUCAUUUAAAUGUGGUCAAUAUCGUAAAUAUCCAUUAUGUCGUUAUGAACUCAAGGCAACUGUACCAGAUGAUGAUCCAAAGUCGAUUACGGUAAUGUUCAAAGAUGCUCACAACCAUGGCGAUCGAAACCAAACGUCUCGUGCACCAUCUCCAGUACGGCAAUCUGUUUCAAAAUAUGUUGGUAUUGGUUUAACUGAAGCUCAAAUUCGUUCGUCAGUUUCAAUUGAUCAUCCAUCCACACCAGUAUUGAUUGUAUAUUGUACUCUGUUCAUAAAUAAAAAUUUGGAAAAUUUGGUGAUCAAAAGUAUCUUUUUUUGGUGGUCAUUCGUAUCUAAAAGCUUUUGGUGA